UUGUCUUUCGGUUAUGAUAGGGCUUAAAUCGGUCCACUCUAGCGGUACUGUCGACAAAGCUUUUUCAUGCUCUCUACGACUUUUCGAAACAGAGAGUUCGACGAAAAGUUUACGUCCCGAACCGGUACAAUCUUCACUUCUCUGUCGUUAUUUCGGAUACAGAUUCGAAACCCACCGGACCCGGGGGAAAAACCUUUUUCCUAAGUAAGUUUCAUAUGCAUUGUAGAUUUCCUAGUGUUUUUCCUGUCGGCUUUGAGUUUUGUUUAUUAUUCCCCUUGCGUCUCAUUAGACUGGGUUUUGGCAGGGUGCACUGGAAAGCGAAAUGCGAGGGGAGUGUGGAGUCCAUUGAUUUUGGUGUUAACAUUCGGCAAGCGACGUGCAAUCUUUUCUUUUCGCUUGGAAACGACUUUAGGUGUAUGCCCGCGGCACUUUGGCGCGCGCCAGGCUUUCUUCAUGACGGCCCAUUUGCGAACACGACAGUCGGAGCACAUUUUGCGGUUUCUUUGCUCUGCAUAUUUGGGGCACACAUUUCCUUGGUACCUUUCUUGCCGCCAUGGCAUUCACCAUUGCGAGGCGGCCGCCUUCUUUCCUUUCGACACACGAUUCUUGCACAGCACAGUCACCCUCGCUGGGCGAGCGAGGUCGAGAUGACGGGAGAACAAAACAUUCGAAUUCGGGUCGGUUUUCCUCUUUUCUUUUUUUCCUUAUAUCCCCCUUCUGCGGCCAAUGGAUGGCUUUUACGACUUUUCUUCUGGUUUCCAUGCCCCUAGGUUGCGUUGCUUUUUAUGCUUUUUUGUGUCUCUUCUUUUACGGUUCGACAAGUCAGCGGGACUUUUAUGCUUUUGCACUACACCUUUUCCUUUCCUCUAGUCGGAGGAAGGCUU